GGGCCAUAUGAGCGCCGGUCACGCGCGCGCGGCCCCAGUCGAGCCAAGGCAAGCCAGGGAGGGAAGCGGGGCGGGCGGGCGGGUCCGGCUGGAUGCCCUCGAGGGGUCCCGGGCGCCUCUGACCUCUCUCUCCUUGCAGAUGCCGCCUCUCCGCGCCGCUGCCUCUUCGCUGCUGCUGCUGCUGCUGCUGUUCUGCGGCGCUGCCCAAGCGGCGCCCGCCGGGCACGAGGUCACCUACCUGCCGGGGCUGGCCAAGCAGCCCGCCUUCAAGCACUACUCGGGCUACCUGGACGCCGAGAGCGACAAGCACCUGCACUACUGGUAGGUGGGGCGGGGGGAGGGGGGCUGCAGCUCCAGGGGGGCUUGCACCUGGGUCCCGCGGGGCCAAAGCUGUCAACUUGCAGAUUGGAAAAUAAAGGAUCCGCAGCCACAAAAAUAAGGGAUCAGCAGCUUCGAAAUUAAGGGAUCAGCAGCCUCCAAAAUAAGGGAUCCACAGCCUCAAAAAUAAGGGAUCAGCAGCCUCCAAAAUAAGGGAUCCACAGCCUCAAAAAUAAGGGAUCAGCAGCCUCCAAAAUAAGGGAUCCGCAGCCGCAAAAAUAAGGGAUCUGCAGCCUCAAAAAUAAGGGAUCUGCAGCCGCAAAAAUAAGGGAUCCGCAGACUCACCUGUCCCGGGGACAGUUUACAGGAUACAGUGGUACCUCAGGUUACAGACGCUUCAGGUUACAGACUCCACUAGCCCAGAAAUUAGUGCUUCAGGUUAAGAACUUUGCCUCAGGAUGAGAACAGAAAUUGUGCUCCGGGGGCACAGCAGCAGCAGGAGGCCCCCUUAGCUAAAGUGGUGCUUCAGGUUAAGAACAGUUUCAGGUUAAGAACGGACCUCGGGAACAAAUUAAGUACUUAACCCGAGGUCCCACUGUAUCUAACAAUCUGGGAAGCAGCGGGAAACGGUGCUGGAAUAAGGGGAUUUCCCACACAAAAAGGGGAGGUUGGCAGCUGUGCCUGGGGCUGCUCACCUCCUUCCGCCUCCCUUGCAGGUUCGUGGAGGCGCAGGGCAACGGCGCCGCAGACAAGCCCCUUGUGCUCUGGCUGAACGGCGGGCCCGGCUGCAGCUCCAUCGCCGGCCUCCUGACAGAGCAUGGGCCUUUCACGGUCAGUAGCCAGGACUGAUGGAGGGGGGGGGGGGGGGAUCUGGUGGGCCAAGAGAUCCCUUUCCCCUGGAGCAAAUGGGGAAGCGCUGGCAUUUGCUAUGCCAAGGCGGGAGAGAGCCAGGCAUGGAAAUCUGCAUUUCUGUUGCAAUUGCUUUUGGAGAUGCGAUUGCUGCCUUGAGUUCCUUUUUUUGGGGGGGGGGGGGGAGAGCAGCAGCAUAUGGAUUUGAUACAGUUGAUGGCAAUAAUUUAUUUAAAAAAAUUUUUAUUAGCUAUCCAAAUUUAUUACAAACAAAUAGAAAGAAAACAUCCUAACUGUAAUAAUUCCACUUUUGUUAACAUUGUUGGGUGCCUUCCUCGAGUCCCCCUGGCUGAGUUUCCAUAUAAAUGAUUGUAGCAGUUUUCCAAAACUAUUUUCACAUAAAAUUUACUUACGAUUAACAUCUUUCUCGAUAGCAAUAAUUUAGAAGAGUUCAGCUGGAUCAGGGCAAAGGGGCCCCAGAGCCCAGCAUCCUGCUUUCCCAGGGGCCAACCGGGGCCCCCCUGAGAAGCCCGCAAGCAGGGCCACAGUGCAACACAGCCUCCAGCGCCUGGUUUGCAGAGGCCUGUUGCUCCUGACCGGAGUUAGAAAUUCAGAUAUAUAUAUAUAAGGUGGCCCCAAAUGGCUCCUUAAACCAAGGUUGCCGUUGUCCCAAUGGAAUGUCUAGUUGCCAUUUGGGACCAAGGCGGCUCUAAAGUCUCGUUUUUCAAAUGGCGGACUGACUUGUGAUUCUCAGUUAAACAUCCAGCUAGUUCAGAGGACAGUCUUGAGCCAGGUUAAGAACUUUGAGAACUGAAAACAGAAAAGUCGCUUGAUCCAGAGACAUUCCACCCAAAUAUUGGCCUAUUCCGACCUCUUUCUCUGAAUGGUGACUGUUCCUGCUCCGGCCGCACCGAAAAAGCAGUUUGGUUCCUGAAUGUUUUAGUGAUUGUACAGCUAAAACAUAGCGGAUCGAAUUCCACAGAGUGGGGUAAUAAUGUGUUUAAACGGUCCCGAUCCAAGGAUCCCUGGAGGGUUUCAGGCAAGCUCCUUUGAAACGCACAGGGGAGAUUCCGCAUAGCUAUCCUGACUAGUAGCUAUUGCUAGCCUUAUUCGCCUCUUAAGAAAUGGGCUAAUCCUCUUGUAAAGCUGUCCAGGUUUGUGGCCAUGGCUGCAACUUUGAGGUUGAUGCCACAACUGGCCUAGCGGUUCCUUGUUCCACAAGCUGUGGCGCUUUCAGGGUGGGAAGGUGCACGCCAGUCGUGGGUGACGAGAACUCAAUCAGCGUUUAUGAGAUCAGCCACCCGCCUGCGCUCGGCUUGUGACGAGGAGGAUAAUCUCUUGAGAGCCUGGAAGUGCAAUUGUUUUCCAGUAUCACUCGUCGCAAAUAAUGGCCUGUCAGCUCCCUUUGCAAAAUAAAUAAUCUGAAUUGGAAGUUAAUUGGGAUGAUGCACCACGAGGUGACUCAGAUUCAAAACCUGAAUGUGUGAACUUUCUCACCGUGAGGCCGGCUGCCUCCUGAUGUGCCCAGGCCUGCUCCACACAGAGCCUUGCAAUAAGGAUCUGCUGCGAUUUGGGUCACCGGAGAGGGAAUCCCCUUGCCUUGUGUCGCAAUAACAGCCCCUUCUCCCUCCCUUGGCAGAUUCAGCCUGAUGGAGCCACUCUGGGAUACAACAACUAUGCCUGGAACAAGGUGAGGCCUCCUUCCUCCCCUGUCCGUCAAGGGGGUCCCUAAGAAAUGCUUGCUGGGAAUCAAAAUAGAAUUCCUGGCUCUUUCUGAAAGGGCAGUGGCAGCAAAGGAUCCCGUUGCCUGUCUCUGGACAGCUAGAGAGCCAGUCUGGCGUGGUGGCUGGAGUGCCAGAACAGGAUCUGGCAGACCAGGGUUCCAUUGGCUGUGACCAGUCAGUGCUGCCUCACAGGGUGGUUGUGGGAAUAAAACGAGGAGGGGGAGAAUCCUGGACACUGCCUUGAGCUCCCUGGAGGAAAAAGGUGCAGUGAAAUGAAUGAAACCAAGCGCUUGAGGGCACCAGGUGUAUGUCGCCCCCUGGUGGGUGAAAAGUGACUUGCUGUCACCGUCUCUUUUCAGCUGGCCCACAUCCUGUACUUGGAGUCCCCCGUUGGGGUGGGCUACUCCUACUCCGAUAGCCAAGACUACCGGACCAACGACACCGAGGUGUGUAUGGUGGACUGGGAGGGGGGCCCUGGGGGCUUCCGUUCCCUUACCUGCCGUGCGCUCACCUUGCCCCUCCCCCCGGCAGGUGGCUCGCGUGAACUACCUGGCCUUGAAGGAGUUUUUGCGCCUCUACCCGGAAUACAGCAGCAAGGACCUCUUCCUCACCGGGGAGAGCUACGGCGGGAUCUACAUCCCCACUCUGGCGCAGUGGGUCAUGCAGGACCCCAGCCUCAACUUGAAGGUGUGUGUCCGCGGGGUCCUAGAGGGAGGAGGAGGAGGAGGACCAAGGGCUGGGCUGGGGAUCGGGGCCUCUGCAACCUCUGCUUGACAAAGGAGGCGGCUGCCACUCACCUGCUCUGGAGGAUUUCAAGAUCCUGGCGCUGAGCCCGCGCUCAAAAGAGUCGUGGGUGGCAGCCGCGUGCAGAGGCUCCUCAAAGGCCGCCUGCUUCAUCUGUCCCAGAAGCUCCAGAGGAACCAGUCUCAGCUGGCAACUCCUUCCAGAGGAACAAGAACAGACUCCCUCAGAAUGUGGCGCCUCGCCUUCCUCGGAGGUUUUUAAGCAGAGCUUGGAGGGCCAUCUGUCAGGGAUGCUUGACCUGAGAUCCCUGCAUUGCAGCGGGGUUGGGCUGGAUGACCUUGGGGGGUCCCUUCCAACCCUCCAGUCACGUGAUUUUGAUUCUAGAAGCUGCUUUAGCUUUGGGGACGAGGACGGAGAGAAGCGCACAAAGGUUUGACCCUCAGACUGCUGGGAUUUGAGGGUACCCAGUGGAAUCUCUGGGCGGUUCAGUUCAUGGCAACGGUUGUGAUGUUUAAGGCAGCUUUUGCUGGGUCAGAGCCUCAGCAGCCGCUGAGGAAGCCACAAAAAGUGGAGGCGGCAGGCCUGUAAAUUGCAGAGGCAUUUUCUCACCUUGACACGCCUGUGGAAAUUAAGUCACAAAGAAGGCAGAGUUGCCAUCAGGUAACUAAGCAACAGCCUGGUUGGGCAAGCAAGAAGGGAGAUCCCAGGCUCAGAGGAAGAAGCGUCAGGGCCAGAAACUCAGCGGGAAAUUACUUCACUCGCGUCUUCCUAAGACCUUGUGGCUCCUUUCACAACAGCCCAGGGAGCAAGCUUGUUUUCUCCUGCUUUCUGAAGAACUUAAUGAUGGGAAGAGUUGUUGGGCAGUGGAACGGACUCCCUGGGAAGACAGUGGACUCUCCUGCUCUGGAGGGUCAUAAACAGAGUUGGGGGGGGGGGCAUUUUCCAGGGGGUUGGACUAGAUGACCCUCGGCUCCCUUCCAGCGCUAUGAUUCUGUGGUUUUAACACUAUAAGCUCUCUGUUGGUGAAUAUACAUCAACACGUUUUCCACGGCAGCAGACCAAAGGAGAGCUCAGCUUUCCAAAUGUAAGAGAAGCAUGCCACAUUUUGUGACGGCAGCCCCUUCUCGCUCGGGUGCCAAGGGGUCUUCCUCGCUGAUGGGGCUGUGCCUGUGUUUUCCAGGGAAUCGCAGUGGGCAACGGGCUCUCCUCCUAUGAGACCAAUGACAACUCACUGGUUUACUUUGCCUACUACCACGGCCUCUUGGGGAGCAGGUGAGAAUCUGCUGGCUUGGGGUGGGGGCUGCGUCCUUAGGUGCAGAAGAUGGCAGUCUGAAUUUCUGUUCAAUUGGGCCUUAUCAAAAAGACUUGUUUGCCACGCAAAGGUUGCAAAAGGAACUUCCCUUGUGUUUCUUACAUCGGGGAAUGUGGAAGCGAUUUCACAUUGCCUGCUGCACAAACAGAUCUUCAGAAAGUCUAGCUCAGCAAUUAAGUUCCUAAAUGCAGAGAUAAGAGCACACUUGGAACAUUUUAGUCGUGGCGAAUAAAUAUAUAAAAGGAUGUCACAUAGAGGAGGGAGAAAGGUUGUUUUCUGCUGCUCCAGAGAAGCGGACACGGAGCAAUGGAUCCAAACUACAAGAAGGAAGAUUCCACCUAAACAUUAGGAAGAACUUCCUGACAGUAAGAGCUGUUCGACAGUGGAAUUUGCUGCCAAGGAGUGUGGUGGAGUCUCCUUCUUUGGAGGUCUUUAAGCAGAGGCUUGACAACCAUAUGUCAGGAGUGCUCUGAUGGUGUUUCCUGCUUGGCAGGGGGUUGGACUCGAUGGCCCUUGGGGUCUCUUCCAACUCCAUGAUUCUAUGAUUCUAUGAAUGUCAGGCCAGAAGGACAACAGUUUAUGUUUCUGCAUUGUGAAAAAUUGAUAGAAUUAAGUUCUUUGAUGGAGAAGAUGGGCAGUGGGGAGGGAGUGGAAGGGGAGAAACGGGGGUCUGCUUUGGCUGGGGGGGGGGGGGCGUGGCAAAGCCCAGGGCUUUGGGGUGACGAUGGUUCUGGUCCUCCCUCUUCCUGCAGGCUCUGGUCGGACUUGCAGGCCUCGUGCUGCUCUGGCGGGAAGUGCAACUUCCAUGACAACAAGAACCUGAACUGCACUCUUGGGGUGAGUGGGGGGCAGCUGGCCAGGGCGUCUCCCCCUGCCCCCGAACCCACUUGUGGGGCACUGCCUGGGCAGAGGAGUGGGGCUGGGCCCUCUCUUUCUCUCUCUCCAUUUCCUCCUGGCUGGAUCCUUGCAUUUUCCUGUGUCUCGUUGCAGAUGGCGGAGGUGAUCCGUAUAGUGGACGAGUCCGGCCUCAACAUCUACAACCUGUAUGCCCCGUGUGCUGGCGGAGUGCCUGGAAGCUACAGGUAGGCUUGGCUGCUGGCAGGUUCGCUCCCCAGUGAGAUGCGGGGACUGCCUUAUAAGCCACGCCCAACUCCAGCGCCCGCUGCCUGCCCUGGGUGGGUGAGAGUGGCAGGAGGUGCCAGAACGUCAGGCAAGAGCUGAAGCUCCGGGAUUCUUCAGCGGUGGUCCCUGCGUGGGAGGGGGUUGGGCUAGAUGACCCUUGGGGAACCCUUCUGGCUCUCCAGUGAGGUGAGACUAAGCGGGACCCUUCUUUGGCUUCCAGGUACAAUGAUGGGAUGCUGGUCAGCUACGACCUGGGCAACAACUUCAUUCGGCAGCCGCUUCGUUCCUCUUGGAGGGAGGUGAGAGCAGCUCUCUAGAGGUUGGGGGGGGGCAUUCCGUCUCCAAUUCCGCUUGGCGUCAGGCUCUCCCCUUGAGUGUAGAGGCAGAGGGGGCAACAGGCCCAGCUCAAUGCUUUCCAGUUGGGCAGACCCGGAAGAGAGAGAAUUGGGGGGGGGGUGGCUUGUGAGAGGACACCUGUAUCCGUUACCACCACAAAAUCGCCCCCCUCCCUCAGCCGUCGCUUCCUCUAGUGGCCUAGCAGACCUGAGCAUGGAAAUACUUAUGUCGUCUUGGUGGGGAGGGUCAAAGGCAUGGGUAGGCAAACUAAGGCCCGGGGCCCGGAUCCACCCAAUCGCCUUCUCAAUUCGGCCCACAGACGGUCCGGGAAUCAGUGUGUUUUUACAUGAGUGGAAUACGUCCUUUUAUUUAAAAUGCGUCUCUGGGUUAUUUGUGGGGCAUAGAAAUUCGUUCAUUCCCCCCCCCCCCCAAAAAAAUAUAGUCCGGCCCCCCACAAGGUCUGAGGGACAGUGGACUGGCCCCCUGCUGAAAAAGUUUGCUGACCCCUGAACAAAGGGCUGCUUCUAGCAACCAGAGCAGCUGCUGGCACCUUCAGCAUACUUACAAUGAAAUGUGUUCACUCCCCCCCCCCCCAGUUCCUGCUCACCUUGCCGGUCGCAAGUAACAAGGCUCGCCUGGACCCCCCCUGCAUCAACACCUCGUCCCCCACCACCUACAUGAACGACCCCCAGGUGCGCAAGGCCUUGCACGUUAAGGACAAUGCCCCGGAAUGGCAGAUGUGCAGGUGAGAGAGGACAGGUGUGGGGGACGGCACAAAGGUGGCCUCUGGAGGGGAGGAGGCCUUGACCUGGCCUGGGACUGCGCAGCUUCACCCCACCCCUCCUAACGCUCCUUGCCCCCCCCUUCCAGCUUCCCCGUCAGCCGGGGUUACAAGCGCAUCUACAUGACGAUGAACGACCAGUACCUGAAACUGCUUGGCACCAUGGUGAGUCGGUGGAGGGAGGGAGCCCCCUGUGGGGUUUCUCCAUUGCAGGGGGUUGGACUACUAGGCCCUUGGGACCCCUCCUCAGGACCUGGGGGGCGGGGCAGACAUGGGUGGGCUGCCCCAGAGAGCGCCAGAGGGCUCCACUAACUCCAGACUGGCCCUCCUGCCCGCAGAAAUACCGCAUCCUGAUCUACAACGGCGACGUGGACAUGGCCUGCAACUUCCUGGGGGACGAGUGGUUCGUGGACUCCUUGCGCCAGAAGGUGGGUUGAGCCAGGAGCCGUGCCUUGUCACACUGUGGAACUCACCGCCACAGGACACCCAUCUGGCUGAGUUUUCCCAGCCACUCUGGGCGGCUCCCAAUCGAGUGUUAAAAUCAAUACAGCUUUAAAUAUUAAAAACUUCCCUAAACAGGGCUGCCUUCAGAUGUCUUUUAAAGAUAAGAUAGCUGCUUAUUUCCUUGACAUCUGAAGGGAGGGCAUUCCACAGGGCAGGCGCCACCACCGAGAAGGCCCUCUGCCUGGUUCCCUGUAACUUGGCUUCUCACAGGGAGGGAACCGCCAGAAGGCCCUCAGAGCUGGACCUCAGCGUCCGGGCAGAACGAUGGGGGUGGAGACGCUCCUUCAGGUAUACUGGGCCGAGGCUGUUUAGGGCUUUAUAGGUCAGCACCAACACUUUGAAUUCUGCUCAGAAACAUCCUGGGAGCCAAUGCAGAUCUCUCAGGACCGGUGUUGUGGUCUCGACGGCUGCUCCCAGUCACCCAUCUAGCUGCCGCGUUCUGGAUUAAUUGCAGUUUCUGGGUCACCCUCAAAGGUAGCCCCACGUAGAGCGCAUUGCAAUAGUCCAAGUGAGAGAUAACCAGAGCAUGCACCACUCUGGCGAGACAGUCUGCGGGCAGGGAGGGUCUCAUUCUGCAUCCCAGAUGGAGCUGGUAAGCUGCCCUGGACACAGAAUUGACCUGUGCCUCCAUGGACAGCUGUGAGUCCAAAAUGACUCCCAGGCUGUUCACCUGGUCCUUCAGGGGCACAGUUGCCCCAUUCAGGACCAGGGAGUCCCCCACAGCUGCCUGCCCCCUGUCCUCCAAAAACCGUACUUCUGUCUUGUCAGGAUUCAGCCUCAAUCCAUUAGCUGCCAUCCAUCCUCCGACCGCCUCCAGGCAGAUGCUGGAAACCACAGGAGGGAAGAGGGGCCCUUGUGCUCGGAUCCUGCUUUUGCUGGUUUCCCACAGCAGGGGCACCAACUUGGGCCCCAGGUUUGGGUACCCAAUGGCACUUGCGCCUUAAUGUGACGCCAUGGCUUCACGGUGCCUGACAGGGCCUGGGACGUGGUCUCUGAGCCUCGCAAGACCUCCAACGUGACUCCCACCUUGCGCUGUGGGUGCCAGGGCCCCCUAUAGUUGGCACCCAUGUCCCACAGCGAGGACAGGGUGCUGGACGGGGUGGGGCCCCAGCGGUCUGAUCCGGCAGGCUCUCCUCAAGUUCUUACAGACCCUAAUUGGGAAACCAGGAAUGGAAGAACUUGGAAAGCUGGGGGCUGCCAGCUCCCAUAUUUUGGGGGGGAAUACUUCGUUCCUCUUUCCUCCUGUUAACCCAAACAUUCAAAUGUUGCUCUAGCCCAGUCUGUUUCCAGGGACGGAGGGGCGAGAGGCUUUGCACUUGCUUUCUGUUCCACGUUUUCUCUUUCGGUUCUGCUUUCCCACAUGGGGGAAGUGAGCCGCGAAAUGCUGAGCUCCUCCUUGCGUGUUUUGAGGAAGCCAGCUGGUUUUAAUUUAACCUCAGCACCACCAAGAAGCUGGCAAGAACCACUCUUAACCCCCAGCCAGCUUUUCGCCUAAGACAGUAAGAGCGGACUCCAUCUGAUGGUGGUCUGGGACUCUCCUUCCUUGGAGGAUUUUAAGGUCCAUGAAUAACCAUAGUUUAGAGGUCCCGGGCCCUAAGGAAGUCAGAUUAUCCUCCACCAGGGCCAGGGCCUUCUCAGUGAUGGCUCCGACCUGGUGGAAAGCUCUGUCCCAGGAGACCAGGGCCCUGCAGGAUUUAACUUCCUUCCGCAGGGCCUGUAAGACAGAGCUAUUCCGCCUGGCUUUCCAUUUGAACUUAGCCUGAUCUUUUAUUCCCCUUCCUUCCUUCCUUCCUUCCCUCUCCCUCCCCUUUUUAUGAAGAUUACCCGCUCUGGGAUCCCACAGCUAAUUCUCCCCUGGUCUCCUCGCUGGCCCAAAUAGGACUAAUUUAGCCAGCUAGCCCUAGUGAUCAUCUAAUGUUUAUUGGAUGGAUUUUCCCCAUAAAUUGAUUUUUAAUUCUGAAUUUAUUGUUGUUCACGUUUUAUAUGGUAUUUUAUGCUGUUUUUUGUUGCAUCCAUUAAGUGUUUUAACUUUGUUGUUAGCCACCCUGAGCCCGGUUUUCUGAACCGGGAAGGGCAGGGUAUAAAUAAAAAAUUAUUUAUUAUUAUUAAAGCAGAGGUUGGGUGGCCAUCCGCCAGGGAUUCCUGAGGUGCGAUUCCUGCCUUGCAGGGGGUUGGACUAGAUGGUCUCUGGGGGUCCCUUCUGGUUCUAAGAACAGGGUCUCUGCUUGGCAGGUGCAAGUGGCCCGGCGGCCAUGGAUCUACACGGAUGAGAACGGGCAGGACCAGAUUGGCGGCUUCGUGAAGGAGUAUACCAACAUCUCCUUCCUCACCGUCAAGGUAAGUGGUCCAGGUGUGUCUGUGGCUGGACUCCUGGCCAGGGCAUCAUUUCUGCCCCCUGGAAACCCUUCGGCCACCCCAACCCCCUCUUUCCUUUUUCCUUUCUCCUUUUGUCAUGGAACUCCUUAUUUGGGGACUUCCCUGGCUUUUUUCUGGCUCAUGUAGGACCAGUCUGGAUAGUUAGCCUUGGUGAAGACUUGACGUUUUCAUCCCCAAAAGUUUUUGAUUGAGUUUCCACUGAAACGAGGCUGCAUUUUAAUAUUUUAAUGUUAAAUCUUGUUUUUUAAAGCUGAAUUUCAAUCAAUUGUUUUUAUAUUGGGUGUUAGCUGCCCUGAGCCUGGUCUUGGCUGGGGAGGUGGGGUAUAAAUAAAAAUUUAUUGUUAUUAUUAUUAUUUAUAACCCUGCCAUGUUCUCCCAUCUCCGACCCACAGGGAGCAGGUCACAUGGUGCCUUCGGACCGCCCAAGACCUGCCUUCAACAUGUUCCAGCGCUUCAUCACGGGGCAGCCCUUCUAGCCCUCGCCUCGUGGCGCCCUCUUCCGCCUCCGAGGGGAACUGCGUCCUCCGUGCGCCCGCACCCCCUGUGCCAAGGUGGCAGCUGGGACCUCCCGCAGGGCCGCUUGCCCCCCGUUGCCAGGCGCUGGGGAGGCACAAGGACUCUCCCGACCCUCCGCCCUGCCGGCCGCUUUCCUGGGCUUCCAGGCUGCCUUGGGGGUUGGGCUGGGGUCCGCCGGGCCCCCUCUUCCUCCUCUCCUCCCGGGGCAGCCCUCCCCUCCCUCCCCAGCACUGCCUGUGGGGGUUUUGCACUGCCUUUGGGGAGCAGGGUGAGACCUGCCUCCCUCUCCCCCCUUGCACCCCUAACGGGACCACCUCUCUCAGCCUUAGUUCUCGGUCAGUCUUGACGAAGGGAUCUGAAUCACUGGUGAAAGAAAUGCCACUCCUGGGCUGCACCCACGUCUCUGGGCCAGGGCCCACGAUUAAAACUUAUUUUUCUAAGGGGACUGG